AUGGAGGUGGAUUUGGGGCCUGGCCUUGCACAGGAAAGGAUUCGGGAGCGAGCCCUGGAGGGAGAGCGAGACGGGGUUAUCAAGGAAAGCGCCCAGGGUGGGCCGCCCCACAGGCGCAGCCCGGGCAGGGGAGAGCCGCGCCUUCACGCGCAGCAUGACAGUGACCAAGGAACACGGGCUCAGGUGUGGUCUCAGAGCCCAAGGGCUGGACAGGAAAUGCCCCGGAGUGCCUGCUGCAAGGCCCCGUGCAGCUCACAGAGCAGAUUCCUGGCCCUGGCGCUGGCAUUCUUCGCGCUGCUGGACGGCUGGUACCUGGUGCGCGUGCCGUGUGCUGUGCUGCGCGCGCGCUUGCUGCAGCCGCGCGUCCGCGAUCUCCUCGCCGAGCAGUGCCUGGCGGGCCGCGUCCUGCCCUCGGACCUGGACCUGCUGCUGCACAUGAACAACGCGCGCUACCUGCGCGAGGCCGACGUGGCGCGCGCCGCGCACUUGACUCGCUGCGGAGUGUUGGGGGCGCUGCGCGAGCUGGGCGCGCACGCCGUGCUCGCCGCCUCGUGCGCGCGCUACCGCCGUUCGUUGCGCCUAUUCGAGCCCUUCGAAGUGCGCACCCGCCUGCUUGGCUGGGACAACCGCGCCUUCUACCUGGAGGCGCGCUUCGUCAGCCUGCGAGACGGCUUCGUGUGCGCGCUGCUGCGCUCCCGGCAGCACGUGCUGGGCUCCUCGCCCGAGCGCGUAGUGCAGCACCUGUGCAAGCGCAGGGUGGAGCCCCCCGAGCUGCCAGAAGACCUGCGGCACUGGAUCGCCUACAAUGAGGCCAGCAGCCAGCUGCUCCGUGCUGAGAGUGGGCUCCACGAUGGCACCAAGGACCAGUGACUGCAGCCUGCCCACCCACCCCUGCUCUCCACCUCAGCCUGUCAGCCGGCCCGUCCUGCAGGCAGGUCGGGUGGGCUCUCCAAGCUGGGGAGGCCCCGUGACCUGCCCAGCCCCCUCUGCCUGUCUGACCCCCUGUCACUGAUGCUCUGCUGUUUGGGCCAGGGCUGGUGAUGCUGGAGCCCUGACCCCUGCAAUGCCCCGGGAUGGAGAUGGAUGGGCAGGUGGGCCUGGCCCUGCGAUAAGGCCUUGCCUCUGUGUGUCAGGCAGGACAGUGCCAGAGCACAGGGACCUCAGGAACAGCCAGGCAGGGAAUUGGCCCCAGUUGCCCUGAGGGCGAGACUGGGCCAGGCCAGGAUAGUCCUGAGCCUGUUAGGGGGGCCUCCCAGACUGAAGGUCACAGCAGUGCUUCUGAAGCAGCUCCCUUGGGCUUUGGGUGGGGCAGGGCCAGGGGCACAGGGCAGGGUCACCGAGCUCCCGGGUACAGCCAGCCUCUGCCCCCUUCUCCAUGCAGGCAGGGCAGGCAGUUGGGACUUGUGGCCAGAUGGCACUGAACAGGCACUGGCAGGCUGACCCUCAUAGGGCUCUGCCUUACACAGGCCCCGUCGGCUCCUGGCCACACUGGCCUUGCUGAGGGCUGUCCUGGCAGCUUGGCCUCCUGAGGGCACUCUGGGUCUGAUCCCAUCUUACAGCUGGGGAGACUGAGGCCUGGCUUGGCCUAGCCUGAGGCUCUGGCCAAUGUCCUCAACUCCCGAGGUGGGGACCCCUGCUUGGUCCCAGCCAGGGUAUGGCCAGCAGCUGGAAACUGAACUGCCUUCCAUAACCUUCGGGGACCCACCCGGAGCCCCAGAGGUGGGGGGACCCCGCCUGCUCUCCACUCGCCUGCCCUCCGCUCCACGUUCAUGCCUUAGAGCCACCCGGCAAAGCUGCAGUCUGUUACGGGGAGUGCACAAUUAAACCGGUUUA